AUGAUGCACGUGAUGGUUCACUUGCCAGAAGAGGCAUUGCUUGCUGGUCCUGUCAACUAUCGCUGGAUGUAUCCAAUAGAAAGGCUUCUCGGAGAGCUGAAAAAAAGUGUACGCAACAGGGCGAAGCCCGAAGGAUCAAUUAUAGAGGCUUGGGUUCAAUAUGAGUCGCUUACUUUCUGGAAUCGCAAUCAUGACGGAGGUAUGAGAAAUGAAAAACUUUCUGUUUUUGCCCAAAGCGCACGACCCUUUGGAGAUCCUGGACGCGGAGAGUCGUUUUCUAGAAAUGACAUGGAGGUAGCGCAUUGGUUCGUACUGAACAAUUGUGAUGAGAUCAUGGGAUACUUAUAUGAGCAUGAAGAGAUGAUGAAGCGAGAACAUCCAUCACAUUUGGUUGCCCAGAAACACCGUGAAUUGUUUCCACAAUGGUUUUUGGAUUCUGUGAAUAAGUUGAAAUCAUCGAAUUCCCCCAACUUACAGUGA